UUAUUUUUUUUUUUAUUUUUUUUAAAGAACCAACAUGACUACUGAAACUUCUUCCUAUACCAAUGUGAUCAUCACAAGAUAUGAAGUACGUGAUAUCCGGUUCCCUACAAGUAAACAUUUGGAUGGGUCAGAUGCGAUGAACAAGGAUCCUGACUAUUCAGCAGCCUAUGUGAUUUUUUAUACGAAUACAUCGGUGGCAGGACAUGGUAUGACAUUUACAUGUGGUCGAGGUACAGAGGUAUGCUGUAGUGCGAUUGAAGCUUUGGCCAAGAAAUUCCUUAACAAGAGUCUAGGUACGUUAACAGCAGAUAUGCGCGCGACUCAUCGGAUUUGUACUGGAGAUUCUCAACUGCGUUGGAUUGGUCCUGAAAAGGGUGUGAUUCAUCUUGCCACGGCUGCGGUGAUCAAUGCCAUCUGGGAUCUAUGGGCCAAAUGUGAAAAUAAACCAUUGUGGAAACUCAUUGUGGAUAUGACCCCUGAACAGUUUGUUCAAUGUAUUGAUUUUAAGUAUAUCACUGAUGCUAUCACUCCACAGGAAGCUCUCGACAUACUCAAGGCAAAUUUGGAUUCCAAGUUACAACGUGAACAAUAUAUGCGUGAUAAUGGUUACCCUGCUUAUACAACUUCAGCUGGUUGGCUUGGUUACAGUGAUGAAAAGGUACGACGAUUAUGUCGAGAAGCCAAGGCACAAGGAUUCACAUACUUUAAACAAAAAGUGGGUGGGGACAAACAAUCUGAUAUACGACGAGCCGCUUUGAUUCGAGAAGAAAUAGGUGAUAGUGGUGUGUUGAUGAUGGAUGCCAACCAGAUCUGGGAUGUACAAGAAGCUAUUGAUUGGAUGCAAGACUUACUACCGUUCAAGCCGUUGUUUAUCGAAGAACCAACAUCACCGGAUGAUGUACUUGGACACGCGACCAUCCGCAAGGCAUUGUUACCGCAUACCAAGGUGGCCACGGGGGAACAUAUCCAAAACCGUAUUAUCUUCAAGCAACUGUUCCAAGCACAAGCCAUUGAUUAUUGUCAAAUUGAUUCUUGUCGUGUCGCUGGUGUCAAUGAAAUCCUCGCCAUUCUGCUCAUGGCCAAGAAAUUCAAUAUCCCUGUCGUGCCUCAUGCUGGUGGGGUUGGUCUGUGUGAAUACGUUCAACAUCUCUCCUUGAUUGACUAUAUUUGUGUCUCGGCCACCCUUGAUGAUCGUGUGUUGGAAUAUGUCGAUCAUUUACAUGAACAUUUUGUCCACCCUGUCGUGAUUAACAACAAAGGUUGCUAUGUCGCUCCCCUGGCUCCUGGAUACAGUAUUGAAAUGAAACAACAAUCCAUUGAUGAUUAUACUUUCCCAACUGGACGUGUGCAUCGUGAAGAUACGAAUUAGUCAGAUCGCCCAUAUUAUUAGUAUAAUCUUUUUUUUUUAUUUAAUUUUUAUUUUUGUAUGUGUUAUGAUUCCCGAAAUAAAGUAUUUUUUUUUUUU